GUGAUCUGCACUUGCAUGCAAAGAACUUCUAUACUGCCAACAAGCACGUCGCACCAGAGCACCCACGGAACUUCCACCAUGGCUCUCUCAAAGACUCAACAGACAUUCAUGGAUAUAGUCAUUCCGGCCCUCAAAAUUGGAAUGACGUCUCUGAAUGACCUGACGUCAACAAUUGUCGUCACCGAUAUCAAAUACAUCCUUCCAUCCCAACCCAUUUUUGCAGAAAUCCGUAGGCUGAUCGACAGGGCCCAGAGAAGCAUUGCGUUGUCAGAGAGGGCAGCCUCUAACGAGCUCUACAAGAUAGACACGUAUUUCGAGGAGCUAACAUUUCAAAGGGGAAUGCUGGAAAGAGAGGGUAAAGCCAAGGCCGCGGAGCAAAAAAUCAAUGAAAUACGCCUCAGUAAGCUCAAGGAGACUUUAAAAUUAGCCACCGAGACCAUGGAGGCGUCCAAGCAGGAACACCAGAAUGCUGUGAAGAGGGUCGAAGAGACGAAGCGCAAGAAGGAAGAGGCGCAGGAAAAUGAGAAAAUCGGUUACAUACUUUUGAUCAUCCCAAUCAUUGGCUGGAUAAUAGGGGGACUGCAAGUUGAUGCCAGCAAAAAAGACUACGACAAUGCAUGCUACCAGGAAGAGCAGGCAGUGAAGCUAAUGGCUUCCUGCGAGUCAACGGUGAAGCAUUACACUGCAAAGAUAGGCCAGGUUAAAGCCAGCUCCAGCGAUGUAUACGCAAAAAUAGAAGAGUUGAAAGCAGACAUCGACAAGCUUCAAGACGAGAUCACGGGAAUCAAAGACCAGCGUGUCGUGGUGGCGGAGUUUCAGGAGAAGUUGAGGAGGGCCACACAUAUCUUAGGUGGCCUGGCAAAAAACACAGACGCAGCUGACCUCGAGACGCGGAUCUACAUAAGCAUGGACGCACUCCUGACCAUCGCACAGAGUGUCUUUCAGCUGUCCGCCAAGAUGGUCUUUGUGGAUUUUUUGAAAGACGAGGAGAUGCUACAUCUCGUCGGGAAGCUCAUGAAGCACAAGGAAACUGUAAAAGCGCUUCCUAAAGGUGGAAAGGAUAUUGAAGAUUACCUGUAGUUCACUACCUGUAACAAGUAUAUGCUUAAGAUAAUGGAAAAAAAGGAGGCGCACACAAGGCUUGUGUAAAAAAGUGUAUUGUAGCCAAAAUUUAACAACAGUAGUCUGAGGUUAACUGGAGAAACAGACGUGUCAGAGCUCGUCCAUUCUCAAUGUCUCCAGUAGUUCCUUUUUUCCAUUAUCUUGAGUGAUUACUACGUUUUGGGAGUGCACGCACCAAGCAAUACACGGGUGUUAAGUGCAGGCGCAGACGCCGACAUUUGUUGGUCUUUUGUCAUUCAAAAGUAUAUGCUUUGCGUAUGCAUUACAUUUUGCCCCCAUAAGCGCAAAGCCUACUUUUACUGUAAGUUGCACUGAGAUACUCUGUAUGGGGAAGCUUUGUUUUACAAU